AUGGUUGAAAAUGUCUACAGAUGGAUCGUGGACACGAAGCUCCGCGAAGACCCCAAUCCGCCUCGACUCGCAAUAUGGGGCUCUAAGAAAAUACCGUCGGGUCCCUUCUGGCUGUGGGGAUUUUCUCCCAAAAACGCACACAUGGAAUUCGCCAAAUCGGAGUUAUGGGUGAGGGCUACGAAAUACGAAAGGGAACAGCGCAUACUGGAUGCCUGGAUCAACGCAGGAUGGAGGGGCAGACAGGCCGUCUACCAGGAAAGGUUUUUCCCCAAGGUCUCAGAUCGUAAAGUGGACUGGGAAGACCUGAGGAUCCGGGAGUACAUACCAAGCGAGGUCGAGCCCAUCCGCCACUGGAUGUCCCUAGGCAAAGAAUGGACUAUCAGCCAGCGUUUCUUCAUGUUUCUGAUAAGGUUGUCGCUCUGGUUCAAGAUGCAGAAAAGAGCGAUAGCACGAGGUGAGGUUCCCGGCGAGGAGAGCGAGAGGGCCUCUUCGUCAGACGGGAUGUCCUCGCUGGAUAAGAAAAGUUUGGAAUCGGCCAUAGAAUAUGUCCGUAAAUUUCCAGGCAUAACGCACAUCAGUCCCUGGACCUAUGCUAGGCGCAGGAAAGAGGAGAAACCUGUGUGGCUGCAGGAAUGGGAACGCAGAAUGGCUGACGGCGAAUCUGGGUUACCGAAGAAAGAGUAG